UCCUCUCUCCCUCCCUCCCUCCCCUGGCACCACGUGUCCCUCUCCCCGGGCUGGGCCUGCCCCGGGGCGGGGGCGCCGACGUCAUGCCGUUGCCCCGGGAGACGGCAGUAACAAUUGCCCGGCCGGGCUAGUGCCGGGGGGGAGGCGGGACGGCACGGGACGGAGCGAGGGCAGGUGCUGCAGGCUUCUGGGCGGCCUCUGCAUACUAAGAUGCAAGCGCUCCCAAGACAACAUCUAUAAGCCAUUACACAUUCCAGGGAGGAGGCCUUUGUCAACAAGGAGGGGGAAAAAUGAACGAGGUGAAGGAGAGUCUGAGAAACAUAGAGCAGUACUACAAACUCUUCCAGCAGCAGCAGUUUACAUUUGUCGGAGCACUGGAACACACCCGAGAGAAUGCCCAUGACAAGAUCAGGCCUGUGGCAAGCAUUGGACAGGUGCAGAGCUACAUGGAGCACUACUGUAACAACGCCACCGACAGGCGCAUCCUCCUCAUGUUCUUGAGCAUCUGUGAAGAUCUGACCAUGCUCUGUCAGAAGCUAGAAGCUGUGCACCCUGGUAACAGCAUCACAAACAGCAUUUUGGAAAAAUGCAAGGUGCUUCUCAGCCACAGCAACAACCUGAGCAACAUUCGAGCCAAGUACCCCCAUGACGUGGUGAAUCACCUGAGCUGUGAUGAAGCAAGGAAUCACUACGGAGGGGUGGUAAGCCUCAUUCCUAUAGUGACAGACUACAUGAAGGAAUGGAUGGCCCAUGCUGAGAAGCUACCUCGGCAUGUCCUGCAUGACGUGAGUGACCAAAGGGCUGGUUCUCAGGUGAAAGCACGGCAGGAGGCAUCAGCAAGGGCAGUGGCUCCCCCAGGUCUGCCUCCUGCUUCCCACGUGGCCACUCAGACUUUGGUUAGUUGCAGAAACCGUGCACAAGACCAGAGAAGUAAGGAUGGUAAAAAGCACUUGAGACCAGGGAGUCACACUGGGAGAUUUCUCAAUGGUCCCUGGAAGCCACCUGGUAAACACUCCUUUUAAAGAGCCCAAACUUCUCUCCUAUGCAUAGCAGGGCUGAUUAUAUGUGGUCUCUAGUAUCCACUUCAGUCAUUCCCUUCCCUUUUUUAACCCAAGGUCUGGAUGGCUCAUCCUGAAGUCUUUUGAAGCAGAUAACCUACCCUCCUCCUCCGAUUCAUCCCCUGCUUCCUCUUUCCAGGAAAGCCACAUCUCAAUAGAAUGGCAUCACAUAUUCCCCCUUGAAAGGCCUGGUGGCAAGAGAAGGGGAUACACUCAGGACUAAGCCACAUUUUCACUUUCACAGCUGCUGUGUAGUGAGCAAGUCACUUGAGGCUCAAUGCACACAAUUUCCUAUCAAAUAUUUUGGGGUUAGUAGGAAAUGGGUCCCUAACACAAAGUUGCAUGUUAUCCCAAGCAUAAGCCCAUACCAUUGUCUCACCCAGUGAAGAUCAUGGGCCAAACGGUCUUCAGUUGCACACGGUCCAUUUCUUGACCUUCAGUGGGGAUUGCAGAGGUGUCCCCGAGGACAGAAUUUGAUCCUGCAGUUGAAGUGUGGUUAGUUGAUGGAACCCGAUAUAAGCCAGCUCACUCUUCUAGAGCUGCAAUAGUCCAGCAGGGCUAACAGAAGACAUUAUCACUAUAGCAAUGCAUGAGACUCCAGAAGAGAAAGCAGAUUUGCUCAAUUUUCAUCAUCUCUCUGCAAAACAGAACAGCGCUUUAAGGUCUCUGUGCCUCUGCUUUUCUUUCUGUAACAAGGCCAUGGUUUACCUGGUUCACAGGGCUUUUUGUAAAGCAUGGUUUAUUAACAGUUGUAAGGUACUUGAGAUCAGUCAAUGGUAUAUAGAAGGGUAUAAAUCAUAGAUGUUCUGCAGAGGCCAAGGAACCAGCUAAUUUUCCAAAGCCAUGUGAUAGGGGCCAGUCUGCUCCUAGGCUUUUUUUCCCUUAGAGCCGCCACUUAAGAGUUAUUGGUAUCAUUUGCUAAAGCACUGCUAGCGAAGUUCUUAACAUGAUCACCACUGCACAAUGUCUAAUUUCCCUGCAUCUGCUUGCUCUUUUCCCCUUCUACAGGCCUAUUAGCUCCUGCUCUCCUUGCCUCCUGCCAGAAGACACACCUGAAUAAAACCAUUUCCCUUGCAUACAUGGCUCUGUUUGCCAAAAUGAUAGGAGUGCUUUUACCUUAAGGUGAUUAGAUUUUUGCAACAAGCAUCAGCUGAGACAGGAAGGUUGGACCAGGGAGUGGCAGGAGGAAGUAGCAAUGUAGAAAGAUUAGGGCGCAACUACAGGUAAACCAUCAUUCCACCUUUUCUUUCAUGCUUGGUUCUCCUCAUUUUCUGUCCCACAGACACUUGACCAGCUUGGAGCUGGAAGGAAUAUCUUCAGCAAACUUUAUUUUUUAGGACAAAGAUCCUGCUCAGUUGAAAUGAGCUGGAAUUCUAAAAGAAGAGGAGGUAGAGGCUGUUCAGCAGACAUAGCUGCUAAUGGGAUGCUAGAAAAAAAAAAAAGCAGCCUGUCCAACUUGGACUAUGUAAUAAUAGCUGUGCCAUAGAGGUGGCUUAAGUUGGGGAGGGGGAAAAAAAGCAAAGCUUCUAAAAAGCACUGAUUAGAAUAUAAAGGUUAAAGAAGGGGGGGGGGAGGGAAGGAGGAGAAGGGGAAGAUGGAGCACUGCUGAGAGAGGUAAGGUGGGUAGGAGAAAGAAAAAAAAGUAGCUGAUCCAUUGAGGGACAUAGAGGUCACAAAAGCUAAUCCAGGUAAUGGGAUAAGAAUCCAUAGUCUUCUUGGAUACUCCAUACUUAACAAUCCAGUCUGUGGAUGAUUUCUUGUUCUGCCAUUUCCUGUUUAAGCUACUUUUAGCUAGGUUUUUUGUCUAAGUUUUGUUGUCCACUCGGAGUUCAGCAAUGGAAGUCCAGGGAGGUUAAAGUGUUCAGUCAAAGACUUGUGCGUCUUUCUAGAAUCAAUGUAAAAUACAUUAAGACAGCCACAGCAGGUGUCACCUACCGGGCAUUUCACAAUUGGCAACUAACUUUCAUGAAUGGGCAAAUAUCUUACCUCCCUUAGAGAUGGGCAAACUGGGACGCAAACUUAACAAAUGACUUGCUCAAAGCCACAGAAGUAACACUAGAACUCUAUUAAUUGCUCCUUGUGCUGUGCUCACACCACACCUAUAUUCCUUUAACAUCUGAAAACUGUUUUAUUUUUUUUUUUAACAAUCUUCCAGGUGGCAUAAGCUUGAAACCUUGGGUUAUUACCAAAUUUAUCACAUUUAUCUGGGAGAUUAUAUUAACUUGCUCUGCUUACUUAUUAUGCAGGUAACCCAACUGUAUUGAUGUAGUUAGAUUACCUGUAUAAUAGCCCCCUCCUAGGUCUCCCUCAAAACUACGGUGCCCAACAGCUUAACUCAGCAGGCCAUUAUGAUUUGACAGAGGAUCCUGAUAUAUACAGGAUCUCAGAUCUUUGUACAAACGAUCAGCUCCAAAACUAACUUCCCUCCAGCCUCAAAACCACUCCUACACACUGAAAACUCAUCAAGGACCCUCGUAUAAGAAACAUGUCACUGUAUAACGACACAUUAUGCAUCAAGUUUAACAUGACAGCGGUCUCAAGGCACGUCUCAAAAAAAGUACUUGCCUGAAAACAAUUCACGCAAGGUCUCUGUACAAUGGAUGAGGAUCACAUGAAAGACAAAAGCUUGAUAGGUUAAUGCAAAAAUCCUUCUUUAAAAAUUUAGCACCAACCUUAGCUAUGGAGAGAAUGUACCAUCUUUUCAUCAUCCAAUUAAUGGCUUUAAGAAUUUAACACAGGAAUGUAGUAAAGUUCAGCUUUAACUUGAAACUUGGAAGACAAAAAAGCAGCCUGGCAGGCAGCCAAAGUAACUUACCUGACGAUCUCUUAGGAAGCAACUGACAAACAAAGCUUCCUUGCUUUUCCUGUGAAAGACUGAAAUACAGAUACAAGCCAGCUAUACAGGAUUCCAAAACAAUUCAGCUGCAUCUCUACUAACAAGCUACUCAAAUGCUACGACCUGACUUAGACAGGGGAAGAAAAACAAAAAAGGCUUUUGUCAACCAGUAUACAAAUCCAAAUGCUCUUUAAGUUGAAGACUUGGUUUUUAAAAUGUUUAGGAUUUGAGACACGGGUAUAGAAGCAGGAUCCUGUUGGGUCACAAAGAGUUGAGGUAGAAGUACCGAUGUCAGCUGGAGAAAGUCAGAGUUGGACUGGACUUUGAAAGCCGUCAGGAUGACAGUAGAGAAAAACUAGCAGGGAACAUACAGAAAGCACCUCAAAAGCAUAGUUUAGAACGAGGCGGCAGUCAUGGAGGCCUCUAGUGGUCAGGUUUUCAAAGCAGCAUUCAAGGAAGCAAAUAGAAACAAACCAGCCUGUAGACAGCAGCUCAACAGGGAAAGCCAGGUGUGUAGAAAGGAAUGCAAGAGGAACCAUGAGUCUGGAGGAAAGCUGCAGUAACUGUGGACUGGGAUUAAUUUCUGAUCAGGGUUCCUGCAAAGUUCAGCCCUUAGUUUGAAUGUAAAUUCAGAAGGUAGCUGGAUAAUUCACUACUUGCUCAUUUCCCAGGUUAUUCGGUAAAAUAGCAAGUAUCUUUUUAAAAACCAGGCCAUUGCACCAAUAAGUUGAAGUGGGUGAAAUUAUAAAUCAGGAUUCAAGGAGCAAUACUUUCUCAGUUUUAGGAAAUGAAAUGAAUAAUUUAGUCCCGCCUACCUACUGUGCAAAGUGUUUAUUAUUCAUGGUUGUGUUUAUGAGAUACUGAGCAUCCUGCUUAGCAUUAGUAAGGAAGGAAGAUGCUUUGUAUUUCUCUUUUUGUACCUUUGUGGCAUUACUUCUGCAAAUAAUGCUCUGUUUUCCAUGCUAUGAUAAAACACUAAAAAAAGUGAAAUCAAAA